AUGUCGAACAAAAUGGACUUCCUCGACCUGCCAGGAGAAAUCAGAAACCAGAUAUACACCGUUCUUCUUGUCUUACCAUUAAAUACAAGCGGCAAAUUCGUUCCCGUCCCUACCAACGAGCCCAGCAUAUAUCCCCAAAUUCUGGCAGUCUGCAAAUCCAUUCAUCACGAAGCCAAACAGAUCUUAUAUGGAAAGAACAUCUUUUACGCUCAUGCUCAACUUCUUACCGGCUUACCACUUCUUCGGCAAUGGUGGAGUUCUUCCUGUACAGUGAGGAGUCCCGAGAUGAUUUCCAUGAUCCGUCGUUACCGACUUCGUGUGAGAUUGGACUGUGAUCCGCGCUUCUCGGCACAGCAGGCCGAGGAAUCGUUCACGGGAAGCGAGGAGUUCUAUCUUGAGGCUAUACAAGCUCAAUAUGGGGGGUCCGAUUAUUCUGUGUUGAAGUUAUUUGAAGGGGUUCGAGGUGUGACGCGUGCUACGGUUAUUGGAGGCGUUGGAACAUUUCCCGAGUAUGCUGCGUGGUUGCAGAAAUCUAUGAUGGCACCCAUCGGGUCCGAGUUUGAAGCUUUUGAAUCUCCAAUUGGAGAGGAAUUUGAAAAAUGA